CCCACCCGCUACACACAGCAUGUAAACACCGCCGCCGGGAGGAGCCCGGACCCAGGACUCCGCGCCGCCCGGUCCGCCGCCUGCCCCGGAGCCCGCGGAGCCGCGCGCUGCCCGCCCGGAGGAGGACCCCGAGGAGCGGAGGGCGGGCGGAGGGAGCGGGAGGCGGCGGCGAGGAGGCGCGGGCGCGGCGGGCAGGAUGGAUUUCCAGCAGCUGGCGGACGUCGCGGAGAAAUGGUGCUCCAACACGCCCUUCGAGCUCAUCGCCACGGAGGAGACGGAGCGCAGGAUGGACUUCUACGCCGACCCCGGCGUCUCCUUCUACGUGCUGUGCCCGGACAACGGCUGCGGGGACAAUUUUCACGUGUGGAGUGAGAGCGAGGACUGCCUGCCAUUCCUGCAGCUGGCCCAGGACUACAUCUCCUCCUGCGGCAAGAAGACGCUCCAGGAAGUCUUGGAAAAAGUCUUCAAGUCGUUCAGACCCUUACUGGGGCUUCCGGAUACCGAUGACGACGCCUUUGAAGAGUACAGCGCAGACGUGGAGGAGGAGGAGCCAGAGGCGGACCACGCCCAAAUGGGGGUCAGUCAGCAGUAAACUUGGAAGGGCUCCCACCUGCCAAGGAGUGAGCCCCGUGGUACCCGAGGCGGGCUCGCCUGCUGCUCCUGGGCUAGCUCUCAGCAACAGGACGUCUGACUCCCAGCUUCCGAAUUAAAGCGAAAUACCUUCUUAACAACCACAAAAGACUGGGAUGAGCUACGCUCAGAAGUGCCCUGCAUUUGACUCCCGUGUCAGUGGGUUUCUAUGGAGUUCUCGGUAGCCUUGGCCAUUUCUAAGUUAGAGUCCAUUCUGUGGCUGACGGGUCUCUCUUAAGUUUCUGUUGGAGAAUUGACAUUCACCGACUCGAGUGUAGGGAACUCUGAAUGUAUUAAGGAUGUGUUUUGAGUCCUCACAGGUGACUUUAUGGAGGGAAAGCAUGGAGAGAAGAAAUGCGGUCUGCGCUUUGUAUGUACCUGGUUACGUGUUGUAAGUGAACGUUUUUGCUUAUAAAGCAUGAGUUUUAAUACCUAGUCAUUACACUGCACAAGUGCAAGUACAAGGGCAGGCAAGGAUGGCCCCUCAGCUUUGGGUGAAGAGGGGAGGGAGGGAAGACCCUCCCAGUUACCCGGGGACGUGGCAACUGGUUCCUGGUUGUAUAAACAUACUGGCCUGGUCAAUUACUUUAAAACAUGCUAAGUCCAAGACUUAACAGUGGAAAAUAUAAAUGGGGUGACAUCAGUUACCAACUUCUCUCGACUGUUUGUAAGCCGUCCCACAUAUGAAACAUUGACCUUCUCUUUUUAUAAUGAGAUGGCAACUUGUUAAAUCAUGCAACUAUCUAAAAUCCAAGGGCCACGUCAACUUUGAAGCCAUAGAUCAAUUUCAUGGGAAAAUAAACCAGGAUAACAUUUUUUUAAAAAUACGAUGGAAUCCUUUUUUCUUAAUCUGUCUUUUAUUCUUUUUUAAGAAAAAUGUCAAGAAAAGGAUCCCACUGUACUUAAAAAUUGUAAUCAAAUGCUUCAAAAUUCAAUUGCAGUGAAAAAUUUUUUUUAAAACAUGUUUUUAUUGAUUUGAGAGAGAGGGGAAGAGAGAUGGAGAAAAGCAUCGAUGUGAGAGAGAAACAUCAAUGGGCUGCCUCCUGCACAUCCCCUACUGGGGAUCUAGUCCACAGCCCCUGGCAUGUGCCCUGACUGGGAAGCGAACCAGCAACUUUUUGGUGCAUGGGAUGAUGCUCAGCCAGCUGAGCCACACUGGCCAGGCCUGCAGUGAAUGUGUAAAGUGAUACGAACCUUUCCAUGGCAGCUUAGCUUGGUGCAGAGGGGAACUUUUAGUGAUCACAAUACUCAGCUAAAAAGACUGAAAAAAGACUGUCAUCCUUUAGCCAACAAAUACUCCUGGGAGAAAUCCUUCGUCAUGCUAACAUGGACUUAUUUCUAAUACUCCUUUUCUUGGGCCCUUCUGCACCUCUGGUCCUCACCACGUGGGUACCGGUGCCCUUUUACAGCAUUUCGCUGAACGUGGCAUCUGGGUGGGGAUGUUUCUAACAUGCGUGCCGGUUAGGUUGUGAACGUUUUGAUUUAAACAAAUAAAAAAAAAGCAGCAGCCGCAGAGGCUUCA